AUGGGCAUGGUAAUGCUUUUUGGUCUCUGUUCCGGCAUGGGACUCUGGUCCAGAAUAUCUUCCAUACCUGCCAGCUCUGUCAUGAUAUUGUUUCUAGUGAAACAGGCCAAUGGAUCUCUGCUGGAAAAAACCACUACCAGAUGGAAUAAAUAUAAACAAGAAUGUUUGAAAAUGCUGCAGGAAUCAACUGUAGAUGGUGGAAUAUAUUGUAAUGGGACUUUUGAUCAAUUUGCUUGCUGGCCUUACUCACCCCCAGGAAAAGUCUCUGUUCCUUGUCCUUCUUAUUUGCCAUGGCUGGAAAAUGGAAGUGUAAGAAAUGUAUACAGAGUCUGCUUGGAUGAAGGGACUUGGCAAACAAAGGAGAACUCCACAGACAUUUGGCGUGAUAGUUCAGAAUGUUCUGAGAAAAAUAAUUUCAAAAAAAAUGAAGAAGAGCAUAAAUUGCUUUCUACAUUGCAGCUGUUAUACACUAUAGGAUAUUAUUUUUCUCUCAUCUCGCUUGUAUUAGCGCUCCUUAUACUUCUUUUACUCAGAAAACUUCACUGCACAAGGAACUACAUUCAUAUGAAUUUAUUUGCAUCUUUUAUCUUGCGUGCCACUGCAGUUCUUAUCAAAGACACUGUAUACUACAAUAUUUACUCCAAAAGACCAAAUGAUGAAACUGGAUGGAUAUUAUACCUCAGUCCUGAGAUUGUAAUCAUUUGCAGGACUGCACAGUUUUUAAUGCAUUACUUUGUUGGGGCAAAUUAUUUUUGGCUGUUAGUAGAAGGAAUUUAUCUGCAUACGUUAUUGAUAACUGUUGUACUCUCUGAAAGACGACUGCUACAGACAUAUAUUGUCAUAGGAUGGGUUGUUCCCAUUCUGUUUGUGGGCCCUUGGGGAAUAAGCAGAUCAAAACUGGAGAACACAGGGUGCUGGGGAACAAAUGAACACAUGGGAAUCUGGUGGAUCAUCCGAGGACCAAUGCUGUUUUCCAUUGUAGUUAACUUUGGUAUCUUCCUAAAAAUUCUCAGGAUGCUGAUUUCCAAACUAAAAGCUCAGCAAAUGAGCUUUCAUGACUACAAAUACAGAUUGGCAAGAUCUACACUUGUGCUGAUUCCAUUGUUGGGUAUCCAUGAGUUUGUAUUUACCUUCAUCACUGAUGAACAGGUGGAAGGACUUUCAAGACAUAUAAGACUUUUCAUUCAGCUGACAAUGAGCUCAUUUCAUGGUUUUUUUGUAGCAGUUCUAUACUGCUUUGCUAAUGGAGAGGUGAAAGCAGAGCUCCAGAAGCAGUGGUCCCGCUUCCUGCUGGCAGAUCCCUUUGGCUGUAAACUCUGUUUUCCUGGGGAAAACAUAAAAUACCUCCAGAAAUGUUCACAGAAACGAAGAAAACAUCACCACAGCAGCAAACACCACUUGUGCCUGGAGGCAAGUGAGCCCUGGGGUAUGCAGCUCCAACGGGUGCUUGUGAAGCAAAGGACAAGCCCAAGGACAAAUCUCAGCCCAGAGCCAGACUCUGCUCAUUCGUCUCAUCCACGGGCAAGCGUGUCAGACAGCAGUGAAGGAGAAGUCACCACUGGAGAGACAACCGAGGAAGUCUUUGAAGAAAGUGAGAUUUAGAAAGCUAUCCACUAGGACAGCAUCUUCCAACAGCCACAGUAUUUUGGAAGAUCUUUCACCUCCAGGC